AUGCUGCGUUUCUGCAAUGGAGACACAAGGAAUGAUAUUAUCAUUCACUGGUGUGUGGGUGAUUGCUGCAACUCUGAUGUGGACAGUGUUAACAAGCUUGUCAAGAAAGUGCUUGUGUUCUUCUGCAACGGAUUCCCACUUCCACUACUAUAUCGGUUCAAGCAUUACUCUCCUGCCAGUGCCUAUAUGAAGGUUGGGACAGCAUUCCACAACAUUCUUGGACGCACCUUUCUCCAGUUGCACAGUGGACAUGACGAGGCUGAUGAGAACCUUUCAUCAAUGAUUGAUGUUAUCUUGACGGAUACUUCAAGGAAAGUUCCAAAAUGUGAGCCUGGUGAGCUCUCUCAGCAAGAUCUGCAAAUAGCAAUCAGUGAUUUCAUGGAUGCUGAUACCAACUACGCAGCAAAGAACUCCGUUCGCAAGAGGCUGAUUUGUGAAGAGCUGUCAUCGCCUGACUUUCACAAGAACGUCUAUGUGAUAGACUCCCUCCUCCAGCCAUUCGAGUUGGGGAUAAACUACUGCUUUGCCCGGACAGCAAUCUUGCAUGAGUUGACAGCUUUGGGCUCUGACCACCCUCGUCACAACGAUCUGUUGCAGCAAAGCAGGGGGAAGUUUUUGCAUGUUGUUCGAGGUGACCUUGGACGAGAUGUGAUUCAAGGAUUCAUGCAAAACUUGAAGUACAAGCUUCAUGACGCAAUUGAAAUUGGUCUUGGCGGUGAUGUGGAAGCAAGCUACUUACAGAACGUGUUCUCUCUCAUCAUUGUAUGCAGCACAGAUUCCUGGCGCCGUUUGAUCUAUGUAUUUGAUCAGCCACCCUUCUCAUUGUUCCGCACAGUGGGAGUUUCCACUGAAGACUUCGUUGAAGCUUGGUCAGGACUCCAUGAUAAAUUUCAGUCUUGCACUUCCUGCGUGGAUCCAACAUUCACUGCAGUGUUGCUCAAAGCCUUUCCACGGUUGUUCAGUGACAGCUCACAGGGUGAACAGGAAGCUGUGCAGAAACAGGUGCAGGAUUUGCUGCUUGACAUUUCAGGCUGGUGUCCUUUGACUUCAGAUUUGUGUGAGAUCCGCAAUGGGAAUAUCCAGUGGUUGACAUCUCGCCGUGGCAACACUCAUCUCAAAGGCACAGAGACAUCUAUUGAGGAGAGCCUUUUGCAGCAAUUGAUCAACACUCAUGAAUGGGCUCAGCACGUUUUGGAGCCGGACACAAUGCCUACCAGAUUGACAGCGUCGUCAAUCAGAAAAAUGGUUGGCACCAAGAGCAGUAACCAGUUCACAAAGUCUGUGGGCAAAGAUGUGAGAUCAAGAACUUCAACAGAAAUUCAGACAGAGAAAGAAGCCAGAUUACAUGAGUCUCAACGCAGGAAGGUUCGAGCUUUGUCAGGAUGGAAUAUCUUCCAAAAGCACAAGCUUCAGGAGCAAGGAUUGGUUGAUCCACUCACGUACAAGAAACGUGUCAAGGAACUAAGCCAUGAAUGGGCACAGCUCUCAGAGACUGAGAAGGAGGCCUUUAAGUUGCAAGCUGCUCAUGAGCAAAGUCUGAGGGAAAAGUUGGCUGUGACACCCCUCAUCACCAAAGCUCAAAAACAGUCAGCUUCCAUGCCUGAUUCGGCAACAGCCAUCAAAGGCCUUGAGGAGCAGAUUGGUCGGAAAGGGUGCAAACUCCUUUCUUCUCGAAGGCUAUGCCUGAAUGAAGCAUUGCAUCGGGAGAGCGGUGUUUGGCAAUCAGAAACACGCUUGGAUGACAGUGAUGGCGCCUUCAAAGCUGAUUUGAUUGACUUGACUACCUCAGAUGAGGUUGUGCAGCACUUCUUGCAGGACACAAUUCUUCAACAACCAACCUGCACAGAUGCAAGUCAGCUUUGUCAGCUUCCAGAUCAAUGUUUGGAAAUUUGUGGUUCCAACCCACAGGCACAGAGUAUCAAGACAUUGGUUCAGAACUUCCAAGAUGCGCUGAAGAAGUACAAACUCUUGCCUGGGGCUUUGCUGUCUUUCCACACAGAUUUCUGCCACAGGACUGCAACAUGUUUUCUGGGUGUCACACUUCAGAAGCCAAAAAUGCAGACUCUGAUGUAUGCUGAGAUCAACAAUGCGGGUCGCGUAAACUUCAUCUACAAAGAUGGGGUUCCUGUGUUUGGAACCACAGCGGAGCUUUUUGCUUUGUUUUUGCAGGAUUUGUCCAGCAGUGUGGCCCCUGAACAAGACAUCUGUUUGAAGGUUGAUGUUUGCGAGUACAAUGUGACAUGGGUGGACGGGCAUCAGCUUGUGGCGUCCUCUGACAGUGUGUCAGGCAGCUUUGACAUCAGCCUGGACCGCACAGUUCAUAGAAAGCGCAAGCUGCCUGGAAAGCUUCCUUUUGGCUUCAAACUUCGGAAAAACAAGAAAAGGCUCAAGGGCAAGGAGUCUGGAAAAAAGAUCCGGUCUUCCAAAAAGAUAAAACAAGCGGCUCAGCCUGAUAGUCAGCAAAGCCAGGACUUGAUCAACAAUAGCAGUGAUGAGAACAACUCAAACACUGACUCUGUUUCUGGAAGUGCUGCAAGCCCUUCAGUUGAUGAAGAUGACCCGCAGAGUUUUUUGAACGCAGAAUCCGAACCCAUAGACCCGAUUUCAGAUGUGGUUGCUCAUGAGGAGCAAGCUUGCAGAACCCUUCAGUCUGAGAUACAGGAGUCUGUGCAAGCUAGAGCUGAGGUGGGAGAGGCGUAUGCUUCAGGGAAAGCAAUGCCUAAAACAACAUUUUUUAGCAGGGAGCUUGGGCUGGAUGGCGGUGGAUUGGCUGCCUCCGGGCGGUCAAUGUGUCUCCAGUGCAAAGCUGUGAUUCGAAAGGGAGAGGUUCGUUUCUCUUGGUAUUGGAACCAGCUCAGGCCACAUGCCUGGCUUCAUUCACAUUGUCUGGUUCCCAUUACAGAAUCAACCGGUCUGAAAGAGCGCACUGUCACAAAGCUGAUGGAACUCAGUCAGGAGUCAUCAGACUGUCCUGCCACUGUCCGGGAGAAGGCCACAAGCAUCCUCAAAGUAUAUUCAUAG